AUGGAUCUUGAUGGAUUAGGAGAACAUAUUGCAAUUCAUCGUUUAAGUCGACAAUAUUUUCCAAAUACACAAGCAUUAAUUUUUAUUAUUGAUUUAUAUGAUAAUUUUCGAUUAGAAGAAGCAACAGAAGAAUUAUGGAGUUUAUUGAGUGAAAAUGAACUUAAAAAAUUACUUUUAUUAAUUUAUCUGAAUAAAUAUUAUAUAUUUUCAUUAUUUAUUUUUUUUUAUCAUAUUCGAUGUCAACGCAGAUGA